AUGGAUUCUUGUUCUUUGUUGUCCUUCUUGUUCUUGAUCACUGUUGUGACCGUUUUUGCUUCAAAAGAGAACGAUGAGUUAAUAAAAAACGAUCAAAUCUCUUUGCUUUCUUUCAAAUCAUCCAUUGUUUCAGAUCCUCACAACUCUCUAACCACUUGGACUUCUUCUCCUUCUUCUUCAUCUGUUGAUGUUUGUAAUUGGUUUGGUGUGAAGUGUAACAACGAGAGCACUAGAGUGAUCGAGCUCGACAUCAGCGGUCAAGAUCUCAGAGGAGAAAUCUCACCGUCGAUCGCAAGUCUAACCGCUUUAACCGUUCUUGAUCUCUCAAGAAACUUCUUCACAGGACAAAUCCCACCUGAGAUAGGCUCAUUACACAAGACCUUGAAGCAGCUAAGUCUCUCUGAGAAUCUCUUACAAGGAAACAUUCCACAAGAACUUGGUUCGCUUAACCGUCUCGUCUAUCUCGACCUUGGAACAAACCGGUUCACUGGUCAAAUCCCGGUUGAGCUCUUUUGCAACGGUUCUUCUUCAUCUCUCCAAUACAUAGACCUCUCCAACAAUUCUCUUACCGGAGAAAUCCCUUUAAAGAACCAUUGUCACCUCAAAGAACUUCGGUUUCUUCUCCUCUGGUCAAACAAGCUUGUCGGAAAUGUCCCGUCUUCGCUUUCAAACUCUACAAAUCUCAAAUGGAUUGAUUUAGAGUCAAAUCUCUUAACCGGAGAGUUACCUUCUCAAGUCAUAAGCAAGAUGCCACAGCUUCAGUUUCUUUACCUUUCUUAUAACCAUUUCGUUAGCCACAACAAUAACACAAACCUCGAACCCUUUUUCGCCUCUCUCGCCAAUUCUUCCGACCUACAGGAGCUUGAGUUAGCCGGAAACAACCUAGGAGGAGUGAUAACUUCUUCUGUACGUCACCUCUCUGUAAAUCUUGUGCAGCUUCAUCUUGAUCAAAACCAUAUCCAUGGCUCUAUACCUCCAGAAAUAUCAAACCUUUUCAACCUAACCCUUCUAAACUUGUCAAGUAACCACUUGACCGGUCCAAUCCCCCGUGAGCUCUGUAAGCUAAGCAAGCUUGAAAGGGUUUAUCUCUCGAAUAAUCUCUUAACCGGUGAAAUCCCUGUGGAACUCGGUGACAUUCCUCAUCUAGGUCUUCUUGAUCUGUCUAGAAACAAGCUCUCUGGUUCAAUCCCGGAUAUUUUUGCAAACCUUUCUCAGCUGAGAAGACUUCUUCUACACGGAAACCAUCUCUCUGGUACAGUCCCACAAAGCCUUGGCCAAUGUAUCAAUCUUGAGAUUCUUGAUCUCUCUCACAACAACCUCACAGGAGAGAUUCCUGUAGAAGUUGUCUCCAGUCUUAGAAACUUGAAGCUGUACCUUAACCUCUCUAGCAACCACUUAACCGGAGCAAUACCUUUGGAGCUAAGCAAAAUGGAUAUGGUUCUCUCCAUUGAUCUAUCUUCAAACCAACUCUCAGGGAAGAUUCCGUCACAGCUCGGAAGCUGCAUUGCGUUGGAGUAUCUGAAUCUUUCAAGAAACGGCUUCUUAGGUCCUUUACCUUCUUCAUUAGGUCAACUGCCAUAUCUGAAAGAGCUAGAUGUGUCUUUAAACAGAUUAACCGGAGCUAUACCGCCUUCUUUUCAGCAAUCUUCAACGAUCAAGAACUUGAAUUUCUCAUUCAACUUGUUCUCCGGAAACGUGUCUGACAAGGGACCAUUCUCUAAGCUGACUAUUGAGUCUUUUCUUGGAGACUCUCUCUUGUGUGGCUCUGUAAAAGGGAUGCAAGCUUGCAAGAAGAAACGCAAGUACCCUGUUGUUCUACUACCGGUUCUGUUAUCGUUGAUUGCAACUCCUUUUCUCUGUGCUUUUGGGUACCCUCUGGUCCAAAGAUCAAGAUUUGGCAAGAAUCUAACGGUGUACGACGAAGAAGAGGUGGAAGAUGAGGAAAAACAGAACCGAAAAGACCCGAAAUACCCGAGGAUAUCGUACCAGCAGCUCAUUGAAGCAACAGGAGGUUUCAGUCCUUCAAGCCUGGUUGGUUCAGGGAGGUUUGGUCAUGUUUACAAAGGAGUUCUCAGGAACAACACGAAGAUCGCAGUGAAAGUUCUUGAUCCAAAGACUGCAGUGGAGUUCUCAGGGAGUUUCAAAAGAGAAUGUCAGAUCUUGAAGAGGACAAGGCACAGGAACUUGAUCAGGAUUAUCACAACAUGUAGCAAACCUGGUUUCAAGGCUAUUGUUCUACCCUUGAUGCCAAAUGGAAGCUUGGAGAGACACUUAUACCCUGAAGAGUGCUCAAGCAAGAACUUGGAUUUGAUUCAGCUAGUGAGUAUCUGCAGCGAUGUCGCUGAAGGAAUAGCUUACUUGCAUCACUACUCACCUGUCAAAGUCGUUCACUGUGAUCUCAAACCGAGCAAUAUCCUUCUUGACCAUGAUAUGACCGCUCUGGUUACAGAUUUUGGGAUUUCAAGAUUGCUUCAAGGAGUUGAAGAAACAGUUUCUACAGAUGAUUCAGUGUCAUUUGGCUCAACAGAUGGAUUGUUAUGCGGAUCAGUUGGUUACAUUCCUCCAGAAUAUGGAAUGGGGAAACGUGCAUCCAUCCAUGGAGAUGUGUACAGUUUUGGUGUUCUCUUGUUAGAGAUUGUAAGUGGAAGACGACCAACGGAUGUUCUUGUCACUGAAGGAUCAAGUUUACAUGAGUUUAUGAAGUUGCAUUAUCCGAAUUCUCUAGAGGGAAUCAUUCAACAAGCGUUGUUUAGAUGGAAACCGCAAGGGAAGCCAGAGAUAUGUGAGAAGCUAUGGAGAGAAGUCAUAUUGGAGAUGAUUGAAUUGGGAUUGGUAUGUACUCAAUACAAUCCUUCAACUAGGCCUAACAUGCUCGAUGUUGCGCAUGAGAUGGGACGGCUUAAAGAGUAUCUCUUUUCUUGUCCUUCUAUUCUGCAUUUUCAAGAUCAAGAAACAGAAGGAGAAGCUAGUUCUUGA